CUUAUCUACGGUCUCACCAGCUCUUUACACGGCGAGCCGAGACAGGUUCAGGGCGGCCACGCGUUGGGCCAGUGUGCCGGCGGAGUAGAAUCGAGUUUGACGUCUUUCGUAGUUUGACUUUCUUCAUGGGUAGCGAUUCAGGCUAAGGGGGCGGUAGGCGCGGCGCUGGCCCGUCUUUCGCUUCACCAUGGCCUCCGGCUCCGGUGACCUGGAGGCUAAGCGAGCAUGGCUUCAAACUUGUCUUGGGAUGACACCCGAGCGGACGCAGUCACAGCGGAUCAUCGUUGACGGGAUGACCGCCUCCAUCUCGGGACAAACGGCGGACUCGUCGGCGGCAGCCCGACAGGCUCAGGACGCCGACAAGGCCACUCGUGCAGACACUUUGGCUGAUUUCCGCGCGGCAGCAGACAGCGACUUCAAAGAGGAGGCCAAAGGGCGUUGGUUGCGCGCUGAUCCGCAGUUUCCUGCAGCGGGACACCCAGGGGCAGCUGGUUAAUCUGGGCGAGCUGGAGAUACAGCAGGCCGGCAGCACGGCGGAGAAGGGCGGGCAUGCACGCGGGGGCAGGCCGUGCGAGGGCCAGGGGGGCGCGGGGGCCGCCGGGGCCAGCCGCUGGGAGUGACCGGGGCGGGAGGGACUACGGGUUCAGGGGGGCCGACGGCCACUCUGCAGCAGCAGCAGCAGCAGCAGCACGACCACCACCCCCACCACCCCCACCACCCCCACCACCAACAGCAGCAGCAGCAGCAGCAGACUCAGCCGCAGGUGACCGGGGCACCAAUUGCUGGCGUUGGUGCCAGCCGCCUCCACGGGGAUGGGGUGGCCGCCGGACUGCUGCCGGCCGCAGCUGCGCUGGCGGCGGCGCAGUUGCCGAAAACCUCUGGCCGAGCCUACCCGUGCUCCAGGGCGUGGACCAUUCCGGGCCGCGGGGCGUCAAGCGGCCUAACCUUCACUCAGUGCCCGGUCCUGGCGGACCUGCGCCGCAGCAAAGAUCCGGCAGGGCGCCGCCGCCGGGGCCCACCGGCGCUAGCUACCAGCGGCUUCCGCAGAGGGCUUGCCCGGCCCAGCCCCGUGUGGGCCUGCCCGUUCGUUUCCCGGGCUUGCGGCAGAGCCGACAGCUAUAGAAGGCGUAUACCCAGGUGAGCUGGCGGCGCGUUGUUGUUGCCUUGCUAUUCGGUGUCGGGAAAGCAGGGGCACAACCAUAGCUUUAAGUCCCAGCGAGGGUACCUCGUAGAUCCUUCCUCAGGGUUACAGAGGCGCUGAUGCACGUUACGGUCCCCUGCCGCCGGGGUAUCGGGGCGUUUGGGCGGUCACGUAACGAGCCCCCUUCCUCAGGGCCCCCUGCGGUGGGCAGAGGCGUGGGCUGCCACGACACGGCCGCAGGUUGGGCGGGUUGUUGUGCAUUAGAGGAGGGGCGUGAAUGGGGGCGGGGGUUUGAAAUCACAGGCUGAGAGUAACGGAGUUGAACGGCGUUCGAAAGUGCAGGCGGAGAGUAACUGAGUUGAAGAAGGGUGCGUGGGGGUAGGACUAAGGGCACCCUCCUCGGGUAGAGGCGCUGAUGCACGUUACGGUCCGCUGAUGCACGUUACGGUCCCCUGCCGCCGGGGUCAUUGGGGCGCUUGGCCGGCGUUAGGGCCCCCCUCCUCGGGGAGACAGAGGCGCUGAUGCACGUUACGGUCCCCGCCCCGAGGGGGUGUGGUGUUUACGGGCUGCCGCCUAGUGCCUACCCCGUCCCACAGGUUCUGCCAUCAAUCCAUCGGCGUUCUGGACCCGUCGGCAAGUCGCUACAUGGCCUUCCGGCACCCCGGCCAUUCAGCGUUGGGUGGCGCCAGCCAGAGCCCCGCCACCCCGCGCCCUGACGUGCGGCGCCGUCACCUCCUGUCCGUCACCGGCGGCCGUCGCUGACUUGCAGUUCUGGCUGGGGCUGCUUGACCGCGACAGUUCGCCCUGAACGCAGUGCGCCGCUGCAUCGCCGUAGACCUCAACGUGGUGUUGGGGGAGUUUGAGGACCCCGACGGGGCGGUGGUCUACAUCGAUGCAGCGCAGGGCCUAGAGUGCGGCGGCUGCGGGGACUGGUCUCACCGCCGUUGCCUAGGACUGGCGGCGGCGGCGUACCCCGGCGGCACGUUCGUGUGCCGGCGCUGCCUGCUGGCGUAUGCGGCGCUGGAGGAGCUGGCGGGAAAGGCUGUGGCGGCGGCGGGCAGCGCAGUGGCGGAGUCGUCCGCAGAGACGUAACAGUCGCAUGGUAGGUGGAAGUCAGACGGUGCGGUGGUUUGUGCAGCCGGGGGCGGGGGCGCGCAUGCGGAUUGUGGGCCGGAUGUGACCGGCCAACUGAGGGUGGGGGGAGUGGCCUCCGCAUGCGCCGAGAAGGGGUGCGGAACGGGCGUGCUCGCCGGCCGCGGCCGGCGGGCCAGCACGGUUCUUCCCCCACCCUGAUGUUGGCGUCUCCCCCGGGGGCAAUACAGAUGUGCCUAUUUAAUGUUUGGAAAGGAGGUGUAGGUAGGGAGGUUGAAACACACGGGUGGCGGAUGUGGGACAUGCACGAUCGGAGACAGAGACGGGAGAGAUACACCGGGUUGGGGGCUGAGACGGACUUUAUAUUGCAGUUGUGCGUAUUUCCCAACGCUUCUGGUCUCGGAAUCAUUAAGGCCGGAGAGCGCAGCCCAUUGCGAAGCAAAAUUCAGAUUUUGGACUGUGUCAAAAAUCGGGUUUGGGGGCGCCAAUGGGGCUGCCGAGUUCGGCCCAUGCGCCAGGGUGGGAGCAUGGUCGAGGUGUGGAUAGAGUAAGCGAUGUUGAACCAAUUUCCAGGUUGUUACUUAUCUACGGUCUCACCAGCUCUUUACACGGCGAGCCGAGACAGGUUCAGGGCGGCCACGCGUUGGGCCAGUGUGCCGGCGGAGUAGAAUCGAGUUUGACGUCUUUCGUAGUUUGACUUUCUUCAUGGGUAGCGAUUCAGGCUAAGGGGGCGGUAGGCGCGGCGCUGGCCCGUCUUUCGCUUCCCACCCGCCCACCCUGCGAUAGCCGGGCAUAGACUCGGGUAGGACUGGUGCUGCACCGGGGGGGAGUGGCCUCCGCAUGCGCCGAGAAGGGGUGCGGAACGGGCGUGCUCGCCGGCCGCGGCCGGCGGGCCAGCACGGUUCUUCCCCCACCCUGAUGUUGGCGUCUCCCCCGGGGGCAAUACAGAUGUGCCUAUUUAAUGUUUGGAAAGGAGGUGUAGGUAGGGAGGUUGAAACACACGGGUGGCGGAUGUGGGACAUGCACGAUCGGAGACAGAGACGGGAGAGAUACACCGGGUUGGGGGCUGAGACGGACUUUAUAUUGCAGUUGUGCGUAUUUCCCAACGCUUCUGGUCUCGGAAUCAUUAAGGCCGGAGAGCGCAGCCCAUUGCGAAGCAAACGUGGCGUGUGGCUGGCCACCCCUGCCUCGGACCAGGUCGGACCUUUAGGAA